AUGGACUACUCUUUUCGCAUUCUCUGUGUACAUGGCAACAGUGACCCCAAGUCCGCGAUCUACUGUGAAUUGAUUGAGAGACCACUCGGUGCCGAGGAGCCCACGUAUGAAGCUCUAUCCUACUGCUGGGGCGGCCAGUCGCUGACGCAGGAAAUCUUCUGCGAGGGCCGGCGUCUUAUGGUUACCAAGAACUGCGAGUCCGCGCUUAGGUACUUCCGUCCGGCAGUGAACGGCCACGUGCGUCGCCUCUGGAUUGAUGCGAUCUGCAUCAAUCAGGGAGAUAUCUCUGAGAAAUCCAACCAGCUGCAGUUGAUGGGUGAGAUUUACAGCGGAGCUUCUCGGGUUCUGGUAUGGCUCGAGGACGACAGCUCAAGAAUCCUCCUUCACUCGCUUAGUAACCCCGGCCCGUCAUGGAUUAUUGACAUCGGUCGAACGGCUUUAGCUAUCGAUGGGACUAUCGUCCUCCUACCGUGGUUCAAGCGCCUUUGGAUC